CCCCGUUUUGAAUAUCCAAGAUGGCUGCUCUGUAGAGACAACUUUUACAGCUCAAUUGUUUGAAUGUACUCAUAAAAUGUAAACAAACAAAUGUUAGCCGUUCAGCUUCUGCCCAGUGAUUCAUGUACGAUAUAUAAUUAUAUCUCCAAGAUUUGACACUUGUGCGAUAAGUAAAAGUCGCCUAAAACGUUUAAUAUAUUGUUGAUGUGGACAAGACAGUUGGUGUUUACAUUGGUUUUUAAGUCCAAAGUGUUGUGUAUUUCGAGUGAUAUGUGUUGUAAGUGAAGGAAAGAGUGCAAUAUAAGUCAGGAUAUAACUAUACACCAGUGAAACACCAUCUUCUCAAGCACAAUUACCACAAGGACCUGAUCCACGGGAUCUACGAGUAGACGCUAAAUGCAGUAUGAUGCAAAUAAUAAUAAAGGGUGUGUAAUGAUGGCUCGGCUUGGUGGGGAGGGAAGGUAGCAGCGGCAUGUCACUGGUGGUACACAAGCUGGUGCUUAGUCCUGGUGGGGCCACCACCAACACACAGCCUCCCACCCAUCAUGUCACCCUCUCUGCUUACACGCACCCUCGGUCAAAUGUUUCAGACACUAUGGGUCGAGUGUUGGAUGGCCCAUCCAGUGGUUCCAUGAGCACACCACCCUCUUCCUCUUCUCCCUACUCAACCUCCUCAUCCUCAUCUUCCUCUUCGAAGCACAGUUCUACAUAUAAUUUACCCUUUGUGCUUCAAGACCAUAAUUAUGGUGCUCCUCCUCCUCCAACUCCACCUCAGUCCCCACCUCCCCUACCAUCUUCAUCAGGAUCAUCUGUGUACCACCACCCCUCUCAAUACUUGCAUCAACCCCAUCACCAGCACAACCCCCAGCCUCACCAGUCUAAUCAUCCUCACAGUUUACAGCAACAUACCCAACAAAAUACAAAUAAUCUAUAUCAUUCUCAACACAAACAGCAAUACCAUAAUCACCCUCAGCAAGCCACCUCUCAUGUCAAUCCUUCCCCUAGACUAGGGAUUAUUACUUCAUCAGGUCCUUCUGUCUCCGUGUCUGGCUUGUUGACUUCUCAUCCAAUUAAUACAAUGCCACCUCACCGCCAACAAUUUAUGCCACACCCUAAGACAAGCAUUUUCCCAUCACCUCACAUCCCCCCACCUCCAGUAGAGUUACACCAGUCCCCACCUACCAUCACAGGCCCCCCAUCCUCAACCACUGGGGCAGAAACAGAUGAUGAUUCACGUAUGAGUGAUCGAAGUUCAUCUGUUGGACCAUCUGGAGAAGAAACUGAAACUGCACCUGAGGGAGAAGGUGAUGAACAACCUGUAGAUGACUCCAUUACUCGAUGUGUCUGUGAUUUUUCCCAUGAUGAUGGAUACAUGAUCCAGUGUGAUAGAUGUUUUGUCUGGCAACAUGUAGACUGCAUGGAAAUAGACCGGGACAAUAUUCCUGAUGAGUACCUGUGUGAAGCAUGUGAUCUUAGACCUAUAGAUCGCUUCAAAGCUCGAGCACUGCAGAUUCGCAGAAGACAAGAAAUUAAGGCUCACCUUGCCAGUUCUUUCCGUUUUAGAUUGUCUUCUUCAGACUCUGACGACAAUAUCCCAAUGUCUAGUAAAGGGCGAGGAACUUUAGGGAAGAUUCCAGAAAGAAAGGUUGUAAAGAAAAAGAAGGUGAAACAAAUAAAAGACAUGAAGAAUGGACGCAAGGGUUCACUGUCGCUGUUGAAGAAAAGUAAUGUUGUCACCACUAGCAACAACAAUAUAAUUCCAGGCAUGGAAGAUAAGGAAAGAAGAAUGCUUGUAAAAAGAAGACGGAAAAGCAGUAGUAUGAGUGGUGGAGAAGGUGUAAGUGAUGACUCCAACAGUGGUCCAGUUGAGAGACUACGGGCAUGGGUAGAGGGCUAUGAGGUGGCAGUUACAAACCACUAUUCCCCAGAACUUCGUGCCAGGGUUCAUGCUGCUCGCAUUAAUGGCGUGUCUCCUGACUUAAGAGCUUCCACACAAGGAGCAGUUCUGGGUCACCGGUGCAAAGUUGUUGAGAAUCCCCAUCCACUCUUUGAUGUGUUUGAUUGUAAGAUUCUCGUAGCAGCUACCAGAUUAUGUAUAAAUACAGCCAUCACAGAGUUCCAAGGCAAGUACCUGUUGGCGUCACAAUGGAAUGCCCAGCAACCGGUGUCAGGCCAACCGUACCUGCCAUAUGUCUUACAGUACCACAUGCCGAAGGAGGGCCUCACCGUUUGUGUCGAUGCACGAACCUAUGGUAAUGAUGCCAGGUUCACGCGAAGAUCUUGUACACCUAAUGCUGAGGUACGACAUGUGGUAGAAAGAGGAUCCCUUCAUUUAUAUUUAGUUGCAACAAGAGAUAUUGAGGAGGGUGAAGAGGUCACUUUAGCCUUGGAGACUGCGAAUUCCAACCUGGAACUGAUGUGUUGCUUGUCAGAAGAGCAUGACUGCCAAGCUCCCCAGCCUUCAAAAGUUGAACAGACUUCUCCAGUGCCUACAACCCCUCAUAAGAAAAAUGGCCUCAUCCUGAGCAACAAGAAAACAUUUAAAAAGCAGCAGUUACAGCUACAACUCCGCACUAGUAAAAGAACCACAUCUACAGAAAGCCGCAAUAGUGAUAAUGUUAUCACACCCAGUGUAAAUAGUACUCCAGUAACGCCUCUUAAACAGAGACGGGCAUCAGGAUGUGGCAAAUCUCCUGCAAAGUCUCCUAGUGCAUCUGUAUCAAGUUCACCAGAAGACAGCGGGAAAGAUUCAACUCUCAACACACCACCAACAGCUGCAACUACUCCUGAAAUGCCUAAAUGUAUAGACAAACAGCAGCAACAGAAGAUGACACGUGAAGAGCGCAAAAUAGCUGCCUACAUGAAAGCCUUUGAACGAAUGGAGAAAGCUGCUCAACGAAGACAGGAGAUGGAAAAAAAGAAGGAGGAAGAUAAAGUCAAAGACCCAAAGGAUAAGGAUAAAAAACGUUGUGAUGGAGAGGAGGAGGACUGGGAGAAAACUAGUAGUGCUGAUGAGAGCGUGAGAAAUACACCUGGUGCUGAGCGUAGUAGACGUAAAGGAAAAAAAGGAAGAGGAAAGGGUAGUCCUCAGAAACGUACCAGUCAUCGUGUAGAUUCUACAGCAUCAGAUCUGACUGGAGAUGAAAGUAGCUGUGCUUCAGUAGGACUGAUGUCUCCCUUAGGGGCAUCCAUCGAGGGGAUUGCUCUUAACUUCAAUUCACCACCACAGGGGAGUUCUAAUGCUAUGGGAUUUAGAUUCCCUAAAACGAAGAAAGCACUUAUGAAUGAAUGGUUGAAUGAAAAUGUUGACCCAGUGCUCCCAGGUGGGAACAUAACCGGUGUUGCAGAACUUCCCUCUGGAGUACCAACCUGCUACAUGAGAUCACCAGCUACUCCUUUGAGAAGAUCUUCUGUAAACCAAUCAGUAAUACAGGGAACUAUUCUCAACUUGGAAAUGCCUGGUGGUUCUGCAAAGAAAAGAUGGUUAAGACAGGCCAUUAGUGAAGAAACUGAGUCACCUCAGUUCAAUGGCCUCUGCCCCAGUCCAAAUAGUAGACCAGACUCGCCUACUGGUGGCGGAGACUAUAUCACCCCUCUGAAGAAGAGAAGACUGGCUCGAGAAUCCAUGUCUUCUGAACUGUCAUCCACUCCACCCUCCACCCCCGUCCACUCCACCAGUUUGGAGGAGGAUAAAAUGAUUGAGGAGAUGGAAGCAGAGCUGGCUGAGGAAGCUGUAUCCAAGUUAAAACAAGAAGAUGGUAAUUAUUCAGAAGAUCCAGCAUGUCUUAUGAUUCAUGGAGUAAACCCUAGUGAGUUCCAUAAUACUAAAGACAGUUCUGCUAAAAUUAAGGAAAUGGUUAAUGAAGGAAAUGAAGAACUGAUUGCUGAAGAGGAUAAACAUUUUUUUGAUAGAAAUAUUAGGGAAAUAGAUAAGAAUGGAUUAUAUAGUGAAUUUCAAGAGGAUAUGCCAGGGACCAAAAUUAAAAAGGCAGAAGAAAUGUUGAAAAGAAAUGCAGUUCGUGAUUGUACUCUAAAGACAAGAUAUUCUGUUGGUUUUUCAGUGACAAAGACUUUAAAAGAAGAAAGUGAACAAGAGGACAAUGACAAUGAAGGGGUGGGUGAGAGAAAUGAACAAAUGGGGUUAAGAAGAGGGAGAAAAUACCAGCAAGAGACCAAGAGAGAGAGAAGGCAGCACAUAAUCAACAGAGAAAGAAAACAACAAGUGCCAAAGAGAGAAAGAAGGCAACAAUGUACUAAGAAAGGCAAGAGCUACCAGAUGGAAACCAAAUGCGAGAGAAAUCCACAGAGACAGGUGAAAAAAAAGAGAGGUCAGCUGGUUGUAAUAAAGGUGAGAGAGGAAAGACAAGAAAUAAAGGAAGAAGCCAAGCAAGAAAAGAAAAAGGAAUUUAACAAGUUGGAAAUUAAGGAAGAAAUAAAACAGAAACUAAAGAAAGCAACAGAUAGACUAGAAACACAGAUUGAUAUAGAAAAAGAGACUGUAAAGAAAGAAGUAGAGGAACAAGAACUGAGAGAUAAAAUUGAUGUCAGAGAAAUAGGGAAAGAAACAGAAGAACACAAGGUAACGAUAGACAAGGCAAUAGAAGUGAGAAAAGAGAAAAAUGUAUCAAAGGAGGUGGGAGAAAAAAUAGAGGAAGAAGUAAAGUUAGAAAGGGUUGAAAUGUUAAGUGAAAAGGAAAGCCAACUGGAGGAAACCUUGCCAGAAAAUGAAAGCAAGGACAUAAAGAGAAUAGACAAGCAACCAGAAGAAGUAAAAAUUGAAGAAAACCAAGAAAUUGAAGGAAAGAUAACGAACCAAGGGGAAGGUAAUGUAAGCCAGGAUAAGGAAAAAAAUAAGAGAGAGAAAGAUAAGAAAACUGGCAAAAAAACUAAAGUUGUACAUAGUGUAAAAAGAGAGAAAGAUGAACAAGAGGAACUAAAGGAAGAUGCUAAGGUUGAUGUUCAGGGUGACACCAUUGAACAGCUGCCCCAAGUAAGUGAGACAAGUGAUCAAGAUUGUGUGAAAGAAGAACUCCCUGCUCAGCCAAAGUUAGACGGAACACAGCGAUCCUCACCAAGAAGAAGAAGAGUAAAAAUUUGUCCAAAAGAAUUAAAGCAAGUAUUGACAGAAGUAAAGUAUACACAACAAAAUUUGAAUAAAGAAUGUGGUAAAGUAGAAAAACAAAAGAAAGGAGAAGAGGAGCAGCAGAUGGUAAAGAGUGAGGUAGAGCAACAUGUGGUUGUCAAGACUGAGGAAAGUCAAGUGCAGUGUGUAAAUCAAGAUAAAAAUGAACACUUGGAUACAAAGAAUGAUGAAGAACCAGUGACAGAAGUAGAGGAAUCUAACCUUCAAACUGUGGGUGAAAAUGCUAUAACACAAGACAUUAUAACUGAAAAAUAUGAAGAACAAGAGUCAAAUACUAAGAAUGAUAAAGACUUAGUGAUAAAGAUUAAAAAUGAAGAACCAGAAGAAGAAGCAAGGGAAGAUGAAAAACAGGAUAAUGAUUUUGGAGAACUUGGUGAUUUAAGAAAUAGUGUUAAAUAUGAAAGAAAAGUGUUGGACAAAGAUCUCAAAACUAAUACUCCUCUUUCUGAAGAAACUCAACCCACAGAACUAAGAUGUCAAAGUCCAUUAGCUGUUACAACCUUUUUGUCAUUGAAGCAAAGUAAUAGCUCAGAGAUAGAUGAAGAGAUGCCAAAGAGACAUGAAACUAGAUCUCCUGAGAGCCCAAGACCUAUUUCACCUGAAUUGAGAGGACCCCAUACUCCAGAUGGACCUGCUCCAACUACCCCUGAUGAGUCAGAAGUAUCCCCACAAAGUCCCGGAUCACCAAUACAUUGUCAGAGAAACCCUUCACCAGCCCAGGAAGUUGAAGCAGAAAGGGAGAGAACUCUUGAGGGGGAAAGCCUUUCAGAGAGAAGAUCACGAUCACGAACAAGAGGGCCUUGUACACCCCCAUCUCCUCCACCUUCAAUGCAGGAGGAAAAUGCUGAUGAUGAACGACAAGAUGGGGAGGCUUCCAAUAAGUCUUCAUCACAGCCAACACUACAAGAAGAGCCAAAACCUGCACCUAUUAAAAGGAAGUUAUCGAUCUUGGAGUACCGCAAGAGGAAAAGUGUGAGCAGUGAGGGUGAUAAUAGAGGAUUAAGUGGACCAUCAGACUCAUCACCACCACGUUCCUUAUCACUUACAUGUUCCACAGUAUUGUCUGCUCCUUGCGCAGACUCUUCUUUCUCAUCUAAUCCUUCCUGUUCCUCCAAUAUAUCAACACGAGAACCCUCUAUUUCUCCUACAUAUUUCUCUCCAUCAAAGUUGGCUCAGACUGAAGCUGAUGAAUCUUCCCCAGAUCUUGCACUCUCUCCUAUACAACCACUUAUGAUCACCCCAUUAUCCAUUGUCCUUGAUAGCAAAUCUACCAAAGAUGAAGUUAAAAAUGAUGCAGAGAGUAACAACAACAAUAAUGGAGGAGGUAGCAUUAAUGACAACAGCAAACACGGCAUCAAGAGUAGUAAUAAUAGUGUAAACAAUAGUUGUAGUAGUACCACCAUCACCACAGUUGCAACAAAUGCUUUAACUACAACUAACAGUAUAGCAGUCACAAACACUGCUGGAACAACUACAAGUACCCCACUUACUACCAUCACUAGUAAUGCCACAUCUCAGGAUGUGAAAUGGAAUGCAGCACCCACACUUCUGGAACGCCAGAGAGAAAAUUUAACAGCGAGACUACGGCGGGAAUUUGGAUUAUGUAUAUCUGAUGAUGAUGAAGAUAAAUCAGGGUUGCGGCUGGGGUGUACAAGUUUGAUAGGACGUCCGUCACCUCCCCUGCUUCCCCCACCCGCCCCUUUGGUCUCUUCCUCCUCCUCCCCCUUGUCUCCACGUGUCCGUAAACUUUCGGGGCUACAGCCUGGGCCAGGAGAUGGCGAGGAUCGUGAUAGAAAUCACCGUCGUCACAAGGAAAAGAACUUACCACCACCACCACCUCCACCAACAGCACCUCCAAAAAACUCCAUUUUCCAAGGGCGAGAAGUUACGGUUCAAAAAGUAGGGUGUGCUUCCAAAGUUGGAGCAACACAACCAAGCAGUAAUCCAACACAAAAUGCAAACUGCAAUAACACCAGUAGUAUUAGCAGUGGAUUACUUAACAUCCCUGCUGGUAAUACACAGAGACUAAUAGCAUUACCAGGCCAUCCAGGGUCUUCUGGAACUAAUAUGACUUUACCAGGUUCCCACCAAGGGCCUCCACCACCACCACCUAUGACUGCAACAACAUGUAACAUAUCCUCAUCUCGCAGUGGACCAUCAUCACAGAGUUCUCAAGGGUCACUUCCAACAGCAGGAAUAGCUUCAUCUUCUGUGCCAGUUCCAUUAACUCCAUCAGUACCCCCUCUGGCCUGUCCUGUUCCGCCACCCAUUGGGGGACCUGUUCCUAUAGCCAUGCAGUCGAAAUUAUCUCCUAUUCCCAGUGAACAGUCUGUGGGAGGCACAUCUACUGCUUCCCAUCACCCAUCUUCGGUACAGAUUGGACCUCAUAUAUCACCAACCCCCUCAACUCCACAAAAUCCUGUUUAUCCUGUGCGACAGUACUCUAGGGGACAGUAUACUUCCCCUGCUGCAGAGGGGGUACCUCCUGCCAUUUCUUUGUAUUCCUCUGGUCGUGUGGCUCCACCCCAACCUCCUAAUCCAGUUGUACCCCCCCAAGGUCCUGUUGGACAUCCAGCUCCUGUGAGACCACAGGGACCACCAGCUCAAGGGCCUCCAGGACUGGUAUCUCCUAGUUUGGGUUACAGUGGUGGGGGUUAUUCUGGACAUGAUUGCUCUGCCCCGGGAUCCAGAGGGUCGUGAUGGCGGGCUUGUUACCCUUCUGGGUCCCAGCCUGCAUUUAGCAGGAGGGCCUUGCUUUUGUUCUGACCUGUAUGAUAUCUCCAGCGAACCUAUUAUAAUAGGCUCUGCUCUCUGUGUAGAAAUUCUUCUCGAGUCCUUGUGCGGAUUAAAUAUUUGUUGGUCGGGCCAAAUUGAGUGUUCUGUCAUUUGCAUAAUAAUUUCAUAAGCAGUUUUAAUGUAAACUGCAUCAUGUCACAAAGCACUCCUGGUGUGGCCUGACCACAAUUAAUUAUGUACAUUGUUGGAAAGCUUUAUAUGUCUUUUAGAGUAUUUUAUUGCAUACCAUCCAUGCCCUUCAUCCAUUUCCUUAUUUUCCAAUAUUUUAUUUUAUUUUAUAUUCUGUAUUUUUUGCUUAUCCCUACCCUAUCUAUUUGUUUUUGGAAAGUACAAAAUAAUAUUAGGUUCUUUCUCCUUGACUAAAUGAUGGGCUCCCAAAACUUUUCAUAUGAAAGCCCAAAAACUGCCAGAGAAACUUUCUGUGUUCUAUGUUGUGCUCGUGUGAGUGUGAGACUGCCUCCCCUUAUUUUCUGGGUGAGUUUUUGAUGGUGGACCAGACAGAUAUAAGCUUUUAUAAAAGAAUAUAUAUGUACUUAUUACUGAUCUUUAUGAAAGCUUCAGUUAAUUGUUAUGGAUUUCUGUCCCAAAGUGAAAAGCUUUCCAGCACAAUUCCUCAGGGUGAAUUUUUAUGGGGAUGAUUUUUAGUUCACAUGGGCUGUUAAUUCUUGUAAAAAAAAAGAAAAAAAGAAAAAAGAAUAAAUGAAAAUACCAUUCAUCUGGAAAAAGUGUCACACAAGGACUCUUUGCUUUUACUUCAGUUUUAUCUACUUGUCAAACUUCAAUAUCUGCUGUUGUACAGUUUAUCACAGGCUACCAUAUUGUUGCAGUGCAAAGACUAAACAAAGGCUAAGCUUCAAUUGUGUAAUGAUGGGCAGUUCUGCUUAGUAGUUACUUGCCACUCAUUGUCAUCCUAGCCACAAUGGUCUGAAUCCUGAAUGAUUUUACAAUAGUAACUAAUACAGUCAAGCAUAAAGUUCCUCUGACAGGGACAUUUAUUACACAUUUUCCUUGUAAAAUACUUGUACACUAGAGCAAUUUUUGCUAUAUAUUUACCUUGGGAAGGUAUCAGAUGUAUUAUGAUAUAUUAUUUAUAAAUCCAAGUCAUGAAAAGUCACCAGUAUAUAUGUUAUUCAUACAUUGAGCAACUUGAAGAAUCUCUACAGUGUUUGUGGCUUGGACAUAUCCCAUAGCUCUCCCAUUCACACUAGCACUUCUUGUAUUUAUGUUAUGUACAUAGAUUGUUGGGACAAAUAAUAUUUUUAUUUUCUUUGUUUUUUGCUUUUGUGUAUGAUGGGAUAUUCAUGUUUCCUAAUAUGAAUUUUUUUAGUGAUAUCUUUUACAAGAAAUGUCCAAUAGAUGUUGUGAAGAAGUGAAGGAAACUAUUUGAAACCAUUAUUCUUAUUGUGGAUAUAUAUCUUUUUAUUUUAUUUUUUCAUUGCCAAUGAUAGUGUGUUGUAGAGUUGAUGUUUAUGAUACACCUUUAGACUAAGCAUACAGUAUACAAGAGGUGUUCAGCAUGGGAGUGAACUGAGCCCUGCACAGAUUUGUUGUGUUCAUUUUCUUUUUGAAUAGUUGGUAGUUGGCGCAUUAUGGAGCUCUCAUACCAUGCAUGCUAAAUGUGUAGCUACCAGUAGGCGUUAUACCAAGACUCAGUACCUGGCUCAACAUAUUUCUGAGCAGGGACUCGGGGCAACCCCAAGCAGACAUAAGAUAAAGGCUCAUUUAAAUUUAAGAUCCCCCAUGUUGCAAAUCCUGACAGUUGUUGUAUAUCAAUACAACAGUAUUUUUGUGUACAUAUGCCUAUGUCUUGUACAAAGAAUGGUAGCAUUAAAUGAUUUGGAUAUGAAUAAAUCUUACCAUGUC